AUGAGCCGCAGCGCGCUGCAGCAGGCGCUGCAGAACGAGCUGCUUACCUACGAGGUGAUCUGCCCGGGCGUCGGUUACAUCCAGUCUCGUGAUGAUCUUGGUGCAGCACGGGGUGAGGAGGAGCCAUGUGACUCCUACGCCUAUCGAGAGAGUUGGCGACUACACCCUAGUUCGCGCUGGGAGCAGCGGACGGAGAACUUCACUUGCGUCGGCAAGCUUGCGCGCUCGGAGUUCUCCAGGACGUCGUGCGACGUCAAGCCCCACCGCGUCGAAGCGUCAGCUGACUCACCUGCCAGAGCACUGUGUCACACCAUCUCGGAGCACGGCUGGAGCCUGCACGACGCCCUUGGUGGACGUGGCCCGUCGCCGCCAGAUGUGAUGCACCGCUUCCAGUGUGAACUCUGCGGCGAGGCGUCGCUUCGGGACCAGGCCAAGAACGCCGAGCUGGAGGCCGAGUUGCGCGCGCAGGAUUUGCAGCGCGAGCAGGAAUGGAAGAAGACGAACGAGGUACAGCAGAAGCGCAAGCGCCUCGAGAAGGAGGAAGCGCAGAAGAGGAGGCUCGCGCUCCUAUCAUCGCCACCGCAUGUGACCACCACUACCACAUGCAGGAGCGCGCAGGCCCUCGGGGGCAGCGGCACACAGGCAGACGAAGACGUGCGGCGCUUCAACCUGCUCAAGAUCGCAGAACUCAAGCGCGUCUGUGCGGUUAACCAGCUGCUGGUGUCCGGUUCGAAGCCACAGCUCGUCGAGCGUCUACUCGGUUGCAAGAUGCAUGGUCGAUUGGGCUCCAGAUGCCCACGCUGCGGGAACAGCAAGCUCGAGCUACUCUACGCACCCGACAGCGAUGAGGAGCCGCACGCCGUCCAGUGCAAGCACAUGAAGGGCAGGGGCCGGCCCUGCAGCUUCAGGAGGGAGUUCACAACGGCUACGAAGGCCAGCGUGCUUAGGGGAUGGCUAGUUGACAGCGCCGACGGCGACCUGCACAGGGUGGGAAUGGUGGUGCCGUAA